UAUCAAGCGCAAUUUGUCACCAAUUUCCAAGCUCAACACAACUGCAAAUAAAUCAAUAUAUCCGGCUUCUAUUCCUUGUCUCCUGUCUAUAAUCAAGGAAAUAGCCAUGAAGCUGAUACUAUCCACCUCAAAUCUCAUGACGACCGGCGGUUCGUCCGUCAUCAGACAUCCAGGCACAACGAAAUCGAACGUCGAGCUGAUCAACGCUCUACGAGCGAACUUUCAGGCUGCGCAACAGCUUGCGGCCGCGGAUGAGAUCGAGACAAAACCCACGGAGAGAUACAAGGCAUGGACAUCGAUGCAGGAUGAUGCGCUUUACAUUCCCGCAAUCGAUUUCUCGCAGCACGGGCUGGCGGAGGAGAGGUCGCAGUACGAUAUUACGGUGAAACUGUUCUUUCUACCCGGCAUCCCGGUAUCGAGACGGUGCGCGCAUACGCGGCAGGCGAUUGAUCUGGUAUUGAAAGAGCUACAUGUGGAUUCUAUCGACCUGCUUAUUGUUUCCUUCCCCGGGAUUUUAUUCGACGCGGAGGACGACAGCGAGGAAGAGGUGUCGUCGGAUGACGGAAGCGAGGAGCCAGAUGACUUUGACAGCAUCAUUCAGUCGUGGAGGACGCUUGAGGGGCUGCAUGAGAAAGGCAUGAUUGCUCAGCUGGGUGUGGCGGAGUUUGGAAGCGACAGGCUCGCUCGGUUCCUCCCACAUACCAAGGUCAAGCCGUCUGUGGAUCAGAUCAACCUCAAGGACUGCUGUGUCGUUCCCAAGUCGCUGAUUCUCUAUGCGAAGCAAGAGAAUAUCCAACUGCUUACGCAUAACGACUGCAACGAUAUCCUGCCGGUAGGCACGACACGGGAGCUGCUGGGUCCAGGGGAGAAGGGCGCUGGGAUCCUUGCGUCCGCUCCAGAUGCCAACGACGGGAUCAAAGGCGAUGUUGAGCCACAAUGGGUAGUCAAGUACACGGCGGUAGUCAAAGACCGCGGAGUGGUGGAGAACAAGGGAUAUUUUGCGCUGGCAGACGUAGGCACUUGUGUCAAGACGAGUUCAUGAGAAUAUGCGGUGCUAUUCAGUGAGAUCUGUUUCUAUUUUUGCAAAGUACACAUUUUCUUCGUUGCAUUGUGCGAUAGAGCGUGGGCGCAAUAUCUUGGUUCUUCAAUGAUGACGAAUGACUGCACGUGUAUGUCGUUGCUCUUCCCAUAUCUCAAAUGGACGACAGAGUCGUGGAUAUAGAUCAUGGAUGCUUCGAGCAAGCUGCUCAUCCAAUCAUACUUCUCUUACGACCUCUCAUCCGCACUUCCUCUAACCGUUUCAACGCAGAGCUAGCGCCCUUGUAGCUUUCCUUAUACCCGCUGAGGACCUCUUCGAAGAGCGGCUCAGUACGAGGAUGGGUGCUACCAAACGCCCUCUCAAGCACGUAUAGAUCAACCGCGC